GCACACACCUCCCAGCCAGCACAGGAAGUGAGAGCAGCCUCGACUUGCCAAUUGAGGGUACUUGUUCCAGGGGAUAUCGAGUCCGAGACCGAGAGAGGCGCGUGUCCUACAUUCCACGCCAUCUCCAACCGGCUCGCACGGCACAUCAUUUUAAUUAUAUCCCACGACACAUCAUAUAACCCAGCGGCAGCAAUGAUGGUUCCGGCUUCAGCAACAACCACCAGGAGAAUGCUCGGUCUCGCGGCCGUCGCCCUAGCCUUAGUCGCCACCAACGCGACGACAGACUCCUAUGUGGUCGACACCACCGGCGGAGUCUCGGACGCGGGGCCCCCCAGCGCAACCUACUACGGCUCGGUCUCCGACGACGGGUGCGGGGACGGCACCAUCCCCGUCGUCGACAACGACACCCCGGCCCCGACCGUCAGCGUCCGCUGCAUCACCAUCGACGACGACUACACCCCGUCGCCCACGGCCGCCGACACCGAGGCCGGCGGCGGCGUCGCCGGAGACGCCGCCGCCCCGACCGCCGCGGCUAUGACGCCGCCGCCGACGCCGUCCGGGGAGGGGGCGACCGCCGACACUCCCAUGCCGACGGUGACUCCAUCCUCCGCGGGGACCGGCACCAGCGCGGACCGGGAUGUGACGGUGACUGACGGCGACGAGACCCCGGCGCCGUCCCCCGCGUCGUCUACGGACGACGAGGGAGCUGACGCCGUCCCGGCGACGCCGGCGCCAACCAACGAGGACGGCGAGACGGCGGCGGAGGCCGAGGGGGAGGCGGACGGGGCCCCCGGGCUGGGGCACGCUCGCUCCCCCGCGGCGGCGGUGCUGGCAGCCGCGUCCGCGGCACUCCUCGCGGCCGCCGUGCUCGCCGCGUGAUGAUAAACCGGCGGCGGCGGC